AUGGAAAUCGCUGGUAUCGCGCUCGCGUCCGGGUCUGCCGCCCAUGAGCUUAUCAAAUGCGGAAUCAGGAUCUACCGUCGAAUCAAAGACGAGAAAAAACUAGCUCUAGUUUUACGAGACUUCCAGAUGUUCGACCUUGAGAAUCGGCGAGCCCAGCUUAGUAUCGACAUUAAACUGGCUCAAGGGGUUCUUAAGAGUCAAAAAAUUGAUAACGAACACAAGGAGCGUCUGAAACAAAACUGGGAGCACAUCAAGACCCUGUUAAUCAAAGUCGAGAAUCUUAUUGAAACGAUGGUACAGAACUCAUCGCCGAUGGCAACCCGUGCUCGCCACAAAGCUCGAGAUGCCUUGCUUGACCUUGGUGGUACCAAAGCGGUCUCUAUUGCUGUUCAAGAGUUUCAAUCCGUAGUUCUUGCACUUCGUGAGCUUGAGAGGGAUGAGUCUCAACUAUUCAUGUCGCAAAAGGACUUCCAGCCGCUCGAGAUGGACAGCAGAGUCUACGGCCCAACCAGAAUCAGCUUUUUCGGCAGGGGUCGACUGACAGAUCCCCCUCCAGGUGUUCCCAACAGGCCCCAGUGGUUCUUAUUUGAGUCGAAGCCCUACGAGCACAAGGUCCCCCAGAAAAGGGAGGAGGCGAAAGAUGAUAUUGGAAUAUUAGCCCAGAAACUUCACCAAGCGCAGCAAGACAAGGGCAUCUUGCGUCUCGUCGGCUUUAGAGAUGAAAUCAACGACAAUCAAGGAAGCUUUCAGCUUGUUUUCGCCUGCCCGUUCGAAGGAAACUACCCUUCAAAUCUUGAGAGCUAUAUUACGGCUAAUCCUACGCCCUCGCUGAACCUGCGAAUCAACCUCUGUAGCCAGCUCGCCACUGCGGUUCUACAAACGCAAACCCUGGGCCUGGUACACAAAAAUGUGAGACCCGAGAAUAUUCUCCUGCUUCCCAGUACUCCCACCGUAGGGGUAGUAGGUGAAAGCAGCUUGGGGGUCUUUCUCACUGGAUGGCAGUAUGCCCGUCAAGACGAGAUGGGUGCUACAUUUCUGAGAGGAGAAACAAUGCUGCAACGCAAAAUCUAUCAACACCCUGAGAGACAAAUCCUUCUUGCCGAAAAGCAGUACGCUAUGAGCCAUGACGCAUACAGCCUCGGCGUAUGCAUGAUUGAGAUUCUCACCUGGAGAAGCUUGUUGCUUGCAACUGAGCCUCCUACUAUGUCUCAGGACUUUAUAGAAGCAUUCCAACGACUUGGCCUACCACUAGACAUAGAAGAGCUCUAUACUAAGUACCCAGAUCAGAUCAAGCAAACUCUCUGCUGCAUUUGCGAUGAGCUACUCCCAACCGUUGCAGGUAAUAAGAUGGCCCGUUUGGUCAAAGACUUCCUGACCUGUCUUGAUGGUGAGGGAGAGCUUGAUGAGAACGAAGCCCACCAAUACGCUCCAGCUCAUGACAAAGACAGAAAGCUGGUAGCAAUUCAUUUCGUUGAUACAGCCCUAAAGGCUUUGCGGGACUUUCAGAGCGCUAUUUAA